GUAUGCUGAAUUGUGAAUCCUACAUUAGGAAACGAAUGGCAAUACAGUGUUUAGAAGUACUUUGUCUUGCCAAAGAUCAUUACUGGAAAUGUAUACUGCAGGCAGGUACCAUACCGUCAUUAAUCAGCUUGUUGAAGAGCAAAGACAUCAAAUUGGAGUGCCUCACUCUGGGAGUGCUGAGUAACAUCUCCACCCAUGACUCAAUUGUCAGAGCCUUUGUAGAAGCUGGAGGCAUUCCUGUGUUAAUUAAGCUCUUGUCUAUGGAAGAACCCGAAUUGCUGUCUCGUUGUGCAGUGUUUUUAUAUGAUAUUUCCCAGCUGGAUAAUAACCAAGUCAUCAUUGCUGAACUGGAUGGAAUUCCUGCUCUCAUCAAUCUGUUACAAUAUGACUUACAAGAUCUGCUUGUGAAUGUAAUGAGCUGUAUCCGAGUAUUAUGCAAGAAUAAUAAAGAGAAUCAGUUGAAAGUGAAAGAAAUGAUGGGUAUUGAACCACUUGUCCAGUUCUUACGUUCAGAUUCAGAUGUCCUGGUGGCAGUGGCCUCAGCAGUGAUUGCAGAAAUUUCUCGUGGGAAUAUGGAAAUGCAGAAUGCUAUCAUGGCGGCAAAUGUUAUUGAUCCUCUAAUUCAACUUCUCAGAGGAAGGAAAAUCGGUGUCCAGGUUAAAGGAGCAACAGCAAUUGAGGCACUCUGUGAAGGGAACACUAUUAUCCAGAUGAGAUUUCUAGCCAAAUCUGUGACUAAGUUCCUUCUGAAGCUCCUGAAGGCCUUUCACUUGAAAGUGAAAGAACAAGGGGCUGUAACCCUCUGGGCUCUAGCUGGACAAACACUGAAGCAGCAGAAAUUCAUGGCGGAACAGAUUGGAUACAAUUUAAUUAUAGACAUGCUUCUAUCACCAUCUGAUAAAAUGCAGUGUGUUGGAGGAGAAGCUGUCAUAGCUCUUAGCAAGGACAGUGAAAUUCACCAGAACCAAAUAUGCGAAGGGAAUGGAAUCGCCCCUUUGGUCCGGCUGUUAAGAAGUGGAAGGAUAGCAGAAGGCACCCUCCUCAGCGUGAUCAAAGCCUUAGGCACAAUGUGUGUCGGUCUGUAGUUCCUUUUCUUUUUCUCCCGAAGUAUAACAAUGUUAAAGCUUUUGAGUAAAGACCAUGGAAGGGCGUAGGAAAGAGUAGUCUUAAUAUUCUACAAUAUUAGACAGGUUUGAGAGCUAUAGCAGUCCAUUUCCCCCUCUACAGCAAUCCUCUUCACAAAGCAGAUGCAUUAUCAAAAUAGCUGCAAUCUUACACCUGCAGUUUGUGACUCACAAAGCCAACUAUAGCCCAGUCAGGAUUUAGUUCCUUCUUUUUCCGAACUUCCUGGUAUAAGCUUUUGAGGCUAUAGUUGGCUUGGUUUUAAAAAGUAAGUCUAAAGAAAUCAUCAGAACAGAUGGAAUGAAAUUAUUACUAGCAACUUAUAUUUAGCCCCAGUUUUUCUAG